AUGUCAGAUCAAAUCAAAAAAACGGAGGAGCGAAUCCAGGCAGCACUUGAAGCCUUCCACGCAACGACUAAGCCUAAUAUCGCUAAAUUGGCGCGGGAAUUUGAUGUUCCGUAUCAUCAGCUACGCGGUCGGACUCGGGGUCGUCAGUCUAAUUCCGACCGCGCCAAAGCAACGAAGACCCUAAAUUCAAUUCAAGAAAAGGUAUUGAUUACUUGGGUCGAAUCCCUAGAUAAUGCAUACAUUUCCCCUACCCCAGAACUGGUGGAAAAGUCCGCCAAUCGUCUUCUAAAAAACGCGGGUUCGGACCAAGUUGUUGGUCAUAACUGGGCGUACCGCUUCCUCCACAAAGGCUACCCCCUCGGCUCAAAUAUCUUAUCCGAAAACCUAAGGAAAAAGCAAGGAUUGAUAGCGAGGACUUUGGCUCUUUAUUCCUUUGAAGAGCACCAAUUCCUACCUCACGAGAUCUACAAUUGGGAUGAAACCGGCUAUCGAAUCGGCGGAAAGCCACGCAAAGUUAUUACGUCUCGUACGACAAAUGAUAUCGCUACCGGAGGUCAAUCAGAGUCGAUUACUGGUAUUGAAUGUAUUGCUGCUGAUGGUUGGGUUAUGUUACCAUGGUUUCUACCAAAGGGUAGUCUACAUAUGGCGGAGUGGUAUGAAAAUAUUACUACGCCUGAUUUUCGAAUUAAGCCUACACCUAGUGGUUAUUCGGACGAUGAAAAAGCUCUCCAAUGGCUUUUCUCCUUCCACGAAGCUACAGUUUCUCGGGUUCAGAAGGGGAGGCCUCGGCUUCUUUUAAUGGAUAAUCAUCGGGUUAAUAAGCUUAAUUCUAAGCUUCUUGAUGACGUUGGGAAGCUAGAGAACCUAUCUCAGGAUUUCAAAAGGCAUAUUCAACGAAGUAUGCAAGCAAAUACUUUUUUAUCCCAACAGCUUGAUCUAGUGAAGGAGAGUCUAAAGAACUCUCAAUUCCACAAAUCAGCUGCUAAUCAGCCAAAAAAUGGGAAAUCGCUUCUUGGAACUAGGGGCUCGGCUCUAUCACCUAUAUGCGCAAAUAGGAUGAUGGUAAAAAGGCAGGAUGCGGAGGCUAAGAAGUUGAUUCGUCUACAAACAAGGCAGGCUAAGGCCUUAGAAGCUCAAUCGCAGGCCCAAUUAGCUAGGGAUUUAGCUGAAGCUGAGCAUGAAGCUUCAAUGGCAGCAAGAGAUAGUAGUGGUGGGAAUUGGUAUAUAGAUACUACUGGGGGUUACCUGUAA